CCAGUGCUGAUGCCAGAGAGAUCAGACCGGAGCUGCUCUUCUUGCCCUCUUUGAAGAUGAAGAGCCUCUUCGCCUUUCUGUUCCUGGUGGUCUCCGUCGCCCUGGCUGUCGAGGGUCCCAGUGCAGCCCCCGAACCCACCCAGCCCAGAGACCGGCAUGUGGAUCCGGUGCCCAACUCCUGCUGCUUUGACUUCGUGAGACGCCCCAUCCCACUGAAACUCUUGAAAUCUUUCUACUACACCAGCGGGAGAUGCAGCAAGGCUGCCGUCGUGUUCGUGACAAAAAAAGAUGUUAAGAUGUGCGCCGAUCCCUCAGAGCAAUGGGUCCAGGAUCGCAUCCGUGACCUCAGCCCACACUAAACGUUUUCCGUGCGAGGGGAGAGCAAGACAACCCCUCCUCUUGGCAGACGCCCAUAAUCAAAGGAGAAAAAAAACCAUUAUUAAAGGGAGUGCUGUAACCUGAA